AUGUUUGCCUUCAGACGCACAAUGGCUAGCAUGGCCCCUCAAGCCACAUCGAGCCUUAAACAGGCCGGUAAAGUCGUCUGCAUUGGCCGCAACUUUGCAGCGCACAUUGCUGAGCUUAACAGCGCCAAGCCCAAGCAGCCCUUCUUCUUUCUUAAGCCAACCUCCUCCAUUGUCCUCCCUAAUGAAGGCCCCGUUCUGAGGCCCAAGGGCAUUGACAUGCACUACGAGGUUGAGCUGGCUCUUGUAAUUGGCAAGCUGACUCGAGAUCUCCAAGCCUCUGAUACACAGGGUGCCUUGGACGCCGUUGAGGCCUAUGCCGUCGCCAUUGACUUCACUGCCCGAAACGCUCAGAACGAGGCCAAGAAGAAGGGACUUCCCUGGUCCAUUGCCAAGGGUUUCGACACAUUCCUGCCCAUGAGCAACAUCAUCCCCAAGACCGCGAUCAAGGACCCUCACAACAUCGAGCUCUUCCUUCAGCUCAACGGCGAGACCAAGCAGCAGGGCUCUACUAACCUUAUGAUCUACCAGAUCCCCCGUAUUCUGAGCGACAUCUCCAAGGUCAUGACACUCCACCCCGGUGACAUUGUCCUCACUGGUACACCUGCUGGUGUAGGUCCUGCCGUGCCAGGUGAUGUGAUCCGCGCUGGUGUGAGGAUUGACGGAAAGGAGUUGGAGGAGGGUGCCAUUGAGAUCCCUGUCGAGGAGUCUCCUAGCUCAUACACAUUUGCUGAGACUUGA